UAGGUAUAUUUCGCAAUCUCCUAUACAAACGGAGUUGGUGAUGUUGCAAGGAAAAUAUCUCAAAAUGAUUUUAAGUGCGGACAUUGGCUGAUGCGGCACUGCACUCGGCACAUCACAACAACCAAUCUAACCGUGUUUUGGGACCACAUUACUUUUAGAAUUAGUAGACUUGACUCGUGAAUAAUAUAUUCGACAUUACUUCUGCUACAGAGUACUAGCAUUAAAUUGGGCGCUAGGGACGAAUAAGAUAUCGGCAUAAAUUCAUCAUGGAGCGGUUUUUGUUUACCGUGAUCGUGCUUGCAUCUUUGUCAUUGAAUGCUGAUUCGAAGAUGUCAAGCGGCUCCAGAUUCUGCGUCAUCGAGAACCGUGUUGGGAACCAGACGAUUGGGGCAAAACGACUGCUUGCUGUCAGAUCCAACACGGUCACUUCUUCUGUCUCUGUCGAAGUCAGCUACGGAAAUGCCGACUUUGCCUCGUCGGGAUGGGGGCCGUGGAAGAGGUUGGGUGCGCCAUCGUCCAGCAAGCCGCUAUCAAACCCGUCCUGCAUUUUCACUGAACAAAAUCAAACCCAGAUUUUUGUACAAGCAUCUGAUGGUCAGAUAUACUCUGCCACUCAAGACAAGGUGAAUUUCUUGGACUUCUCCGCUUGGAAGAAAGUUGGCAUCAAUACUAUCCCGGCAAACCAGCCCAAGCAACCCAUGAUUUUCGACUCUGUGACGGCAGUCAGGUAUGGCAAGGAUCUCAUGGUCUUCGCUCGCUCUAUCAGUGUGACAUCAAGGCUGUACUGGUGUAAAGGCACUGCGACCAGCUGCAGUUGGGGUCUGGUAGCCGGUACUGCCCUUCUUGGUACUGAUGCAACGAUGAUAAAGAACACUUACACCACCAAGUACGAAGGUUUCAUGAUCUCUCCCUUUGGCGGGAUGCACAGGACUUGGCAACACUCGGGUGGCAACAGCUUCAAAGCAUGGAAGGCUAUGUCCUCUUCACCUACAUUCUCGAUUCUCGCCAGACCCAUGGCCCAGACAAUGGGAUACAACUACCGCAACGGGAAGAUCAUGAUUGGAGCUGUCGGGCGGGGUGGCUAUGUAUACAGGUGCGCCCAGGCUGCGUGUGACAUGGUGGAUAAUCCCUGGAGUUACUGCUCAUGGGGAUCAUGGACUCAGACUGGCAAGAAGAUUCCAUUUGAGCAGAAAGGGGUGCAGAAUAACUUGGUCAUGAGUAGGAAUUUUCACAAUGGAGUAGAAAUAUUUGCAGUGGAACUAACCAAUGGGCAAUUAUGGCAAACUUGGCAACCCUCAAGGGAUACAUCAUGGAAUGUAUGGAGAAAGAUUCCUCAUAACCUAACCACUGCAGCAUUCAUUAAUAACCCAUUCUUCCGGGUUAAUGACGCCGGUUGGUGGAUAGCGUAUGGGCUGAAUGACAAGGAUCAGGUCAUCGAGGUAGCCUCGUCACAUUCCAUGAGCAUUAGUUCCAAGAAAGUAGCCUGGGCCGGGAAGCUGGUUGUGUCCUGGGCCAUUUCUGAAGACCAAGCCUCGAGGAAAGACUGGAUUGGAAUAUUUCCAAAGGGAGCACGUGACAAUCAAUACCUGGACUACAGAUACGUGCAAGGUGGGCAGAAUCCCGGAAGUCGCCCAGUAAGCAAAGGGGAUGUUUCGAUGUCCUCUUACCUUCCGAAUGGAUCCUAUCAAGUCAGAUACCUGAUGAACAGGAAAUACACCAGCAUCAUGGAAUUAGAUGUGACUUAUUACAAUGAAUCUGGCGAAUCGGAUUUGAUGCAGCUCUUCCGUGGUAUAUACAUAGGUUUGGAAAUCGGUCCUGAUCACUUUCGAGAAUGCGUAAAGGAGACCCUUGACACUGUUCAAAUGUUUAGAGAUGCCUUUAUUGCAUUCAAUUUAGGAGAGGUAUAUCAAGGUCUCCAACUACUUGGCACAGCUCUUGAAGACAUUGCCCAGUCUCUAACAAAGUGUAACGAACUCAGGAUCGCCCAGAAACUACUAGGUUACAUCAAAGACCUACUCUCUUGCAUGAUGGGGAACUGUUUGAAGUUCACCAUCGACAUGCUAGAGGAGCUAUUGAUUCUGUUCCAGCAUAGAUACGAGAUUUACGGGGAUAUCAAGGCAGCCACGAACAGCUUUGCGCACGGUGCGUACCAGCAAGGUGGGUUGAGCAUCGGGAGGUUUGUCAUCGCUUGCUUGUUCCUUGAUGACUCUAGCUUGCUGCUUCACGGAGGCAGGCAGGGGGCUGCGUUGCUUGACGCCGUAAGUGUGAAUCUUGUUGGAAUGGAGGAGGGAACGAAUGGCACUCACUCCGGUAGCCAAGCGGUCAUGAAGCAGUCGAGGAAGGAUACUGGAAGCGCUUCGCAGGAGAUUAGAUUCACGGAGAUGCAUGGAAUAAAUGACACUCUAUCCGGUAGCCUAGCGGUCAUGAAGCGGAUGAGGAACAACACCAGAAGUGCUUCACAGAAGAUGAUACUCCUGGAGAUGCAUGGAGUGAACAGCUCUCAUUCUGGUAACAAGAAGGGUGGAAAGCCAGUGGAAGAUGGCAUCGGGAAUGCUCUGAAGCUCAUGGGCAAAGUUCGUAAGCCAAAGAGAUCGGUGUGAAUAUGAUCAAAACUAGUAUAGAGAGGGGGAAGUAGAAUGAUGAGAACAGCGAGAAAGGAAUGGCUGAAGUAUUGAAAUUUGACUUGGACAUUAUGGAUAGAUGGUUUGACAGUGUUAACAAAUUAAAAGCCUAUCUGUAGUUUUGGUAAAUCCUCCCAAAAUUCCUCUUCUCUUUUCAAUUUCACUACUUGAUCAUUUUGAUGCCUGUGUGAAUAAUUUAAACUGAAAAUGUGUUUUAUUGGAUAAACUUACCGAUCAAAAAAUAAAAUAUCUGAGGGUUUUUUAGGGGGUGCAUGUGUAUAUGUCAAGACCUUCUCAAGCAUGAAUGGACUGAAAAUUUCGGUAUACAUGUAUGAACCUUUCCAGUAGUUUUCUAAUGUACAUUUAGUGAAUAUUUAAAGUAAGUGCUCAAAUGGCUAUUUACAAUAAAAAUUUAAAAAGUUCCCGAGAGAGGUCGCUAGAUUUAAAUUUGAAUCCUUACGGUCUCUUUUGAAAUGUUAUUAAUAUUGAGUUCACAACAUGUUUAUAUAGUUGAGCAAUUGUGUAAAGGUCAAGGGAAAAAUGAUUUCAUGAUAAACUGAAAAUUUUUACUUCGAAUAUUUUGAUAAUAACAUGGAUUUAACGUUUGAGAUGACAGUCAAUUGAUAGCCGACUUUGGUUUUAGAGAUCCCUAAAUCAGGACCAUGGUGUCUAAUGGAUCUCUGCACAAUGGUUGAUUUCAAGUUCAGUGUUGACCUUUUGGUGUUGGUGUUAGGUCAAUUUUAACACGAGUAUAACACCAACCAUAAAAUGAAGAUGGUCCUGAAAAGUCACUCACUAGUUGUUGAGGUGUCAAUAAUGUGAUUUGGAUCAGGUUUACAAACUGAGAAUAGGUUUUGGAGCUAGGGGAAGCAAUUCAAAUCGUGCUUCCAACACCAACAAUGCAACACCGGACUUGAAAUCACCCAAUGAGCGAAUUAGGGUUAAUUAAAUAAAAAAUUGAAUGCUAUCGGUGUAGGGUAAGAAUAAAUAGAUGCGUUCAUAGUAUUGUGGAAUGAAAACGGCAAAAUGUUAUUUAAGUACUUAAACAUAAGUAGUAAACUUUGAAAUAAAUUUGUGUCAAAUAUACUGCUAGUCUUUAGUUAGUGGAAUAAUGGAUUGGUGAGAAAGAUAUUGCGAUUCAGUACAAAUUCGAAUGGCUUUUUUUCAUUAAGGAGUACAGUAUAUUGCAUUAACAUUUUUAUAUAUUAUAUUGCAGUACGAUAUAUAAGGUAAUAAUCAUGAAUUGCAUAGUAUGACAAGGGAAGUGUCUAGAAUUAUGUCUUUCAUUUUGUUAAGUACACGUUUCUAGAGAUAACAGUCGCUAUACAUCGUAUAUGUUCAUUCCAGUUUACAUUUUCAUCUAUUGUAACACCUAAAAACUUUGUUUCUUGUUUUCUUUUGAGAAGAAAAUUACUUAUGGUUAUACUCGAUAGUCUAGUAUGACUUAAAUUUAGUGAAUCUUUAUCAAACUUCAUAAGGCUUUACUUCAUGUCUUUCCUUUAAUACUAUGCUAUGAUAUUUUAUGAAAUAGUACUUUUAACAAUCAUGUCUUCAUGAUGAAAUUUACCAUUGUUAUUUGUAGAAUACUUAGAAUAAAAAAGCAAUUUUA